AUGCACCAGAUAGAUAUCGGACUCGAUCACCCUGUUGCUAUUGAAAUUUUGAGCUUGCGGGAUGCUCUUUCCCAGCAACAGCAUGCGACCCAGCAAGCUACUGCUCAAGUUCAGAAAUAUGCCACGGAAGCCGAGCUUGAUAUUCUACGAGCACCACGCCCCGUUUCUACUCCCUCACCAGCCGAAGCCGAACUGACACUUGCCCUCCGACGCGCUAACUCUCGGCUUGAAGAAACGGAGACUCAACUACUAGAAGCACACGUUUCGGUUUCACACGCCCUUGCGGAGCGAGAGAGGACCUCUGAUGAGGUUUCGGAGGCAUAUCGGAUGCUUGAAGUGGCUCGGGCUCAAGACGUGGAGUUGCGGGCCGUUCUAGCAGAAAGAGAUGCAGAGAAGAGGUUCUAUGAGCUUGCUUUGGGAGAAUAUGCCGCACUUGUCAGGGACAUGGAGAAACGCGAGGGGGAGGGCAGUACGCAUCUGGAUUUCAAGAAAAGGACUGCUGCGGGGGAGAUAGAACGGAUUAAGGAGCUUACGACUGAGGUUGCGAGAGCAAAUGCGGAUAUCGAAUCGCUUCAGGCUCAAUUAGAUGCGGAGCGGCGUGCAGGAGAAUUAGAGCGGAUACAGUUGGCUGAGGUCAGGACCGAGCUUGGGAAGCGUGAGGUGGAUGAUAAGUCUGCGGCUGCACUUGUUGAACGGUAUAUGAAAUUCUCACAGCACCAUACGGACGUGCUUCAACGUGCUCUAAACGAUCAAUCAACACGACAUUCCGCAACCGUUAACUCCCUAUCUCAACAGAUUGAAAACCUGGAGCGGGCUCUCGCUGCUGAAUCAAUGCGUACCAAGCAGUUGCAGUCUUCUGUCGAUAUCCUUGUGGAAGACUUAGCACGAGAGUCCUUUGGGAGAAGAAGGGAAGUUCGUGUCCGGCUUGCGAUCGCCGGACGAACUGCAAAAAUCGAAGAAGACCUGCGAAGGUGGGAGCGUAGGAUCAGAGAAAACUCUCGGUCACAUACCGCUGGACAACCCUCUGAGUUGCUAUUAGGUCUGCAGGAACUCGAACAGUUUCGGGAUAUUGAUGAUACCCUUAACGGACCACUCGCCCGUAUCCUUUCUGCAGAAAUUGCUGUCGAGAGUCUUGCGGCUGAACUUGAGCGCGAGAUGACUCGCAGGAUUGAGCUCGAACGGGAACGCGCCCAACUUCCAACAGUUCCUCUCAUAGAAAAACCAAGUUACAAAAUUCCAACUCUAAAGGCGAAGGUUCCUGCUUCUUCUACAAUACCUUCUUCGGCAUCAGUUUCCAUUGCAUCUCUUCAGAGUAGCUCUGGUCCAUCUCUGGAAACUAGCGAGACUUCAUCUAGAGCUUCCUUGGAAGAGUGUGUUCUGAGUGCUCCUGUUGUGCUACCAGGCGCCCCUGUCGUUAAUUUACCUCAAACUCAACCAGAAAUAGAUGACCUUUUUAUUGUCGCGGCUCCGCCAAUUAUUUCAUCCACUUCCUCGCCGGAACCGCCAUGGGUUUCUGUUGUUCCUUUCUCCUCUAAUUUUUCUCCCCCACUCGAACGAGCCAACAUACCCGAGCCCCGCUCUUUACUCGACAGUCCAGAAGUUCAAGAACUCCUUUCUCAAUUGCCUACAGCUCUACAACGAUAUACCCCUUUCCAAAAUACAUUCCGUGACUGCCACGUUACCCUCACCGCACUUAAAUCCGAACUUCGUGUACGCCCCCGCACCCAUUUGCUGACGGCUGUCGAACGACUAUAUGACUACAAUGAAGAUGCUCGCGUCGAAAUCGAAAUUCGAAUUGCGGACGAAGCGCGCAAGGCCAAUGGAUUUGAAACCAUGUUGCGGUUGUCGUUGGCUAGCGUCCUUGACGAUCUCCGGGCAUUUAUUGACGGUUCAGCACCUGACAUUCGCAAAGCGCUCGAGACGGCUGAACGAAAGCGUAACGAACUGGAACACGACAUAUCUGCUAUCAAAGCAUCCGUAUAUGCGCCUGAGGCUCAUAGCCAGGCCGAGAUUGAAAUUCCCACUUCUCAACCUCCUCCAUCUCCGCUAUGGGGCCGAAAGAUGUCUUUGGGCCCCGGAUUGCUGGGUGCUGGCCGGCCAUUGUUGAGGCGCGCUGGAUCCGGAACAUUGGGGCAUAGUCGGGCAUCCUCCUUGGGCGGAGAAGAGCAUUCCGAGUUGUCGCCCAAGGACCCACUGGCGGGACUUAGGCUGAAGAUACCCAUGCCCAAUAUGGCGACUAGCCCACUCCCAUCUCCGAUGAAACCGGGCUCUCCGCUAGUACUGGAACGUACCCGAGUAACAUCUAUGUAUCGUAUAGGUUUGGGAGGUAGCCGAUCCCGCUUGGAUAUCUCGAAUCGGAGCACGACGGUGACUCCUACGUUCAAGGCCGAUGAGGAAAGUGACGAUGGUGUAGAGUAG